AUGCAGCUUGCGGAAAUGCUAUCCGAUCUUGUGUCCUUACGCGUUUGUGAUCCCGCUGCAGCACUUGCCCUCGUAUCUGCGCGCUCUACAGAUUUCGACUCCACAUCCUCCCAUGACAACACCGCAAAACCCAACACAGCAACAGACGAUGAGCAAGACCCAGACCUCAAGCGCGCAAAGGACCUGCUGAAACUACAUUACGAAGUGAAGGAAGCGCACAAGAGGGGAGAGUUGGGCAGGGGACUCGAGGAGGCGAGGAGUUUGGUUAGGAAAGCUGUUGGCGGGUGA